AUGCCGACCGCUACUGCCAUCGACCUUCCAGUCUCAUAUGAAGCCCUCGAGCUGACACAUAUCAAAAUCUCCCACUACCCACUUGGUGCGCCUGCUGCCACGCCAGUCAUCCUAAUCACAUUGAAUCGACCUGAGAAGAAUAAUGCAUUCACCCCACAGAUGGCAGAUAGCCUGACCCAGGUGUUCAACCUAUUCCAUAUCGAUCGUCGGGUCAAGGCCGUUGUGCUCACCGGAGCUGGGAGGAUGUUCUGCGCUGGAUCCGAUCUCGAGAUUGGUUUUGGUAAUGGAGGAGGAAAAGCUGUUGAUUUCCGAGAUAUUGGAGGGCGAGUUGCGCUGGCAAUGCAUCGAUGCCACAAACCCACCAUCGUCGCGCUUCAAGGCUCCGCUGUGGGUGUCGGUAUGACUAUGACUUUACCAGCUGCAAUCCGGAUCUGUCAUGAAAAGAGCAAGUAUGGGUUCGUUUUCACCCGGCGUGGGCUGACGAUUGAAUCCUGCGCAUCUUACUUUUUGCCUCGCUUGGUAGGAUUCUCCAAGGCAAUGCAUUUGAUCACUACUGGUGGCGUUUACCCUCCGCAGAACCAGUAUUUUGGUGAUCUCUUUGCCGAGGUUCUCCCGGAUGCAGCCCAGGUACUGCCCCGCGCGUUGGAAUUGGCACAAGAUAUCGCGGAGAAUGUGAGUCCAUUGGCAUCUUCGAUGAGUCGAGCCUUGAUGUGGGAAGGUCCACGUUCUCCUGAAGAAGCGCAUCUCCUGGAAUCGCGAGUUUUCCAUCAUAUGGUUGGGCAGAGUGACUAUAAAGAGGGAGUGGGUUCGUUCUUGGAAAAGCGCAAGGCUCGGUUUGAGACGGAUCCACGAGAGGAUUGUCCUUCUGAUUUUCCAUGGUGGUCAGAGACAAAGAUCUCUCUUGAGCCGAGUGCCUCGAAGGGUUCAAGUUCUAAAUUAUGA